CUCGCACAACUCGGCGUCACCGGCGAGAUAUGAGGGGAAUAUCACUUUGUUUCCCUGUCAGUUUUUAAUGAAAUUCACUUUUUUAUAAUUGUUAAGUAUGCGAUUUAUGUCCUCAUGAUUGUACGCUGCAUAGAAGAUGAAAAGGGUGAGAAAGAGACCUCAGGGUAACGAAUCCCGAGCGACUGUGAGGAGAAAUGAAGAACAAUUGUCCUGGAAGAAACGGAAGCUUGUGGAUAUCCAUCAGGCCCUCAACAGUGACCCGGUGGACAUCGACACCCUGCGGCAGGCGGCUGGGAGUGAGGGUGGUUUGCUGACGGAUGACAUCAGAAGAAAAGUUUGGCCCAAACUCCUCAGUGUCAAUGUCUACAAUCUGCCUGCUAAACCCUCUAAAGAUGUCCGCGAGGGCCACAAAGACCACAGGCAGGUGGUGCUUGAUGUCAGGAGAUCGAUGCGCCGCUUCCCAAAGGGCAUGCGUCUGGACGAAAGGGGGGUUCUCCAGGAGCAGCUGAUUGACAUCAUUCUGGAUGUUUUGAGGAGGAACCCUCAGCUGCACUAUUAUCAGGGAUAUCAUGACUUCACCGUGACCUUCCUGCUGGUGGUGGGAGAAAGACUGACCAUUGCGCUCAUGGAAAAACUGUCCAAUCACCAUCUCAGAGACUUCAUGGACCCCACUAUGGACAGCACAAAGCACAUCUUGAACUACCUGAUGCCCAUUCUGGAGCGUGUGGACCCUGAACUCCAUGACUUCAUGAUCAGGGCCGAGGUGGGCACUAUCUUCGCCCUGAGCUGGCUGAUCACAUGGUACGGCUAUGUUCUGUCCGACUUCAGACACGUUCUGCGGCUCUAUGAUUUCUUCCUGGCCUCUCAUCCGCUCAUGGCCGUUUACUUUGCCGCUGUGAUUGUGUUGUACAGAAAGGAGGAGGUGAAGAGCAGCGAGUGUGAUAUGCCCAGCGUUCAUCACCUGUUGUCAAAGAUGCCUCAGGAUCUGCCGUACGAGGAUCUGAUUGGUCGAGCUCAGAGUCUGUUCGAGAGCUGCCCGCCUUCUCUGCUCGCCCAGUCCGCAGCUCUGCAGUCACACAGCAUAAUCGCCAUCAGCAGCUUUAAGGACUUCCAGAGAUCAACGCUGCAGCAGCGCCCAGACGCCGUACUGCGAAAGCAGCUCCAGAAACGCCACGAAGACCAUCUAGCCCUUCCCAUGAACACUCCUAACCAGUUUUUAAAAAUGGCGGUGUGGGGUCUGUCGGCCACGCUGGGGGCGGCGGCGCUGGCUGUGGCCCAGACGGCUAUGAACUGGGCUCCUGAGUUCCUCUCACAGCUCUUCUGAGACCGUGUCUCCAUCGUUCUCCUGUGCCAAAGCCAAACGCAAAUGUGCGUUAAACCCCAAAGCUUAUUUAUGUCCAUCAUGUCGUUGUAUUCUUAUUUAUCGUGGAGUUAAUAUUGGAGAGGUGGGAGGAGUCAGGUGAUGUUUUUUGUAAUCGUAAGCAUUUCUGGAUGACGUUUGGUCAGCGGAGUGAAAGCGCUCCACUCGGCCGUUCGGCACAAAUUAUUAAACGCUUUCUUCUUUAGUGAAGGAAAAGCUCAUUACCGGCAGAAACCAGGUGAAGACUGCAUGAGGACCACAGAGAGUACACAACACACACACACUACACAUAGGCUACAACUGCCAUACGCAUUGUGACGAAUAACACAAUUUAUUCAUCAUAAUAAAAGGACUCAAGUGAUGUAUUUAUUUUACAAAUGCGUAGAGCAACACAUUCAACACUCAAUCAUCAAAAUGUACGUUUGUAGAUCUGCACAAAAUGUCCUCCAUCUUGUUUUGACCCUGACGUUCUGGAACAAGAAACUUUAUUAGCCUUUGUAAUGUGUAGCUGUGUGUUAUGGUGCAGCUCAAUGCUUCACUUCAUUGUUUAUUAGUGCAUUGUGUGAUGUUGACCUCAGUUGUGUGGAAGCAUCUUUGGAUGCUGCAUGUUUUGUCGAUUUGUGCUACCUACAAAACUAACUCCAAUCCAAACCCUAAGGGGUGGUUUCCCGGGCAGAAAUUAGACUAGUCCUAAAAUAAAUGUUAGAGCUGUCCAAACUGAUAAAAACUUGCUCUGACACCUAAUAGAAUACAUCAGUGCCUUCGUGCUGUUUUAAAAUGCACACAAGUAAUGUUGUUUGUAAGGUAUGUUUGUUAAAGCUACUUAAAUUGUCUCAUUAAACUAAGGCCUAGUCCUGGCUUAAACUAAUCCCUGUCCAGGAAACCGCCCCUAAAUCUAACACCUCAGCAGUAUAACGCGGGGUAGGAACAUCUGCUGGGUAGCAUAAAUUGUCAGGACACCUAAAUCCCUUUCACACAGACCGCUGAUCCCAGAAAAUUGCCAGUGUGAACGCAAACGCAUCCCAGAUUGAUCAGAAAAGGGAUUCCCGAAAGGGGACCUAGUAACAUUAAUGGGGUCAGUCCCGGAAAGCACCCUGUGUGGAAAAAAGUCAGAAACAAUGCCCUACAAGCCUUGUACUGAUGACACACGAUUAUAAUAAAUCGUAAAUAAUUUGGCUAUGAAAACAAAUAUAGUAAAACGAGUUUUUUUUGUUUGUUAGUAAAUCGAAAACUAAAAAAUAGGCCUUCUAUAAUAUAAAAUAUGUAUAUAUAAAAUAUCCUUCCAACGUCUUAAACCCUAUUUUUCAUGAAGAAAAUGCACAUAUCAUUACAUUGAGUUAUGUCAUUUGGAAUCUUCACGGGAUGUUUGUGAACGGCACGCACAGAUUCCAUAAAAUCACUGAAUGAACAAAAUCGAACGAUCCCGGAUCAAAUUCCUCGACACAUUUUCCGUGUAUUUUCGACGAUCUCUGUGUGAAAGUGCUGGGCGAGUUACUCCGAAAAAGUGAAAACAUAAAACGGCUCCUAAUACAUUCAAAUAAAUCAUGUUAAACUAUAUAAUGUUGUAUUAUUAACUGACCAAAGUAUUACAAAUGUGAGAAAGAUUCAUUAAAGCACAGAUUUUAAAGUUA